AGCCUUUGCCGCUAUACUUAUAAUUGCAUAUUAGCGCUACAAAGCGCACUACAUGGCGACUGCCCUGUUACUCUCGUCGUCGCGAAGAGUCGCUGUUAAAGCUUUUGCGCGCAGCGCUAGUACUAUGGCAGAUAAACCAGUAGCAGUGGCCCUUCAAGAUGUAGUGAGCAGGAUGAAGCUAGCAGCCGAGCGCGCUGGCAGGACGCAGCCGGUUAGGUUGGUCGCCGUAAGCAAAACGAAGCCGGUGGAGGCGGUCCAGGAGGCGUACGACGCAGGUCAGCGCGUCUUCGGUGAGAACUACGUCCAGGAGAUGCUGGAUAAGGCCCCCCAGCUGCCCACGGACGUGCAGUGGCACUUCAUCGGCCACCUGCAGUCAAACAAGGUCAAAUCCAUCGUGGAAAGCGUGCCCAACCUAAGCAUGGUGGAGACCGUGGAUUCAGUCAAGCUGGCAGACAAGCUGAACCGGGCGGUGGAGCAAGCGGGCCGACAGGAGCCGCUAGCUGUGAUGGUGCAGGUGAACACGAGCGGUGAGGAGUCCAAGCACGGAGUGGAGCCCGAGGAUUGUGUGGAGCUCGCACGGCAUAUAGCGCAGAACUGCGGCAAGCUGCGUCUGGCGGGUCUCAUGACGAUUGGCAUGCCCGAUUACUCCUCGCGACCGGAGAACUUCUCCUGCCUGGCCGAGUGCCGUACACGUGUGGCUGCGGCGCUUGGGCUGGCCUCCCCGGAGCAGCUGGAGCUCAGCAUGGGCAUGUCGGGCGACUUCGAGCAGGCGAUUGAGAUGGGCAGCACCAACAUCCGAGUGGGCAGCACCAUCUUCGGAGCCCGGGAGUACCCCUCGAAGGCCCCAAAGUCACCGUCGCCGCCACCCUCCUGAACGCAGCCGUACGACACGGCGGUUGCAGGCAGCGACUUGGGGGAAAUGGUGGCGUCCUUGCAAGACGGCAAAGCGGAACUGUAACCACAUGGGUUUGAGUGGGCGUAUUGCUGUCACAAGGAAUGCGGGAGUCCGCGCGGGGGUGGUGGGUGGAUUGUUGCGUUGCAGGGCGAUGAAGGUGUGCCCAGAGAAGGCGGAAUCAUCAGUCUAACUGCUGCUGGAAGCCGGUUGCAAUGGAAUGAUACCGGGCUGAGCCAGGCUAGCUGAGCCGUACGCACAGACUGUCGAAUGGAAGUCGAUGACCAUGGAAAAAAAAUGUAAAACACACAUGUUCAA